AUGCCUGGAUUCGACUUCUCGCUGCACAACCGCAACCUCGCCUUGCACGCACAGGGUGUGCCGCUGCCCAAGGCCACCAGCACCGGAACCACCAUUGUCGGCUGUCUCUACGACGGCGGCGUCGUCAUCGCCGCAGACACAAGAGCUACCUCGGGACCCAUCGUCGCCGACAAGAACUGCGAGAAGUUGCAUUACAUUGCCCCUCAGAUCUGGUGCGCCGGCGCUGGUACCGCUGCCGACACCGAGUUCACCACCGCCCUCAUCUCCUCCAACAUCGAACUGCACGCCCUAUCCACUGGACGCAAGCCUCGCGUCGCCACCGUCAUGACUAUGCUCAAGCAACAUCUGUUCCGUUACCAAGGUCACAUCGGCGCCUACCUGGUCGUAGCUGGUGUCGACCCCACAGGCAGCCACCUCUUCACCGUCCACGCUCACGGCAGCACCGACAAGCUCCCCUAUGUCACCAUGGGUUCAGGUUCGCUGGCUGCCAUGUCCGUCUUCGAAACUCAAUGGAAGUCAGGUCUCAACAAGGACGACGCUAUCAAGCUCUGCGCCGACGCCAUCCAAGCCGGUAUCUGGAACGAUCUGGGCUCGGGUUCCAACGUCGAUGUCUGUGUCAUCACUGCCGAGAAGACGACGUUGCUGAGAAACUACAUCACCCCCAACAAGCGUGAGCAGAAGAUGAGGAAUUACAAGUUCCAGAGAGGAACCACUGCCGUCCUCAACGAGAAGAUCAUCACUCGCCAGGACAUUAGCAAAUAUGUCACGGUGCACGAGCUCAGCGACAACGAUGCUGGUCAGGCCGCAGAGAAGAUGGAGGUCGACUCAUAG